GCGCUUCUGUCGUCAGAUCUGGCAACCCCGCAGUGUCCGCGGCUGAGGUCUGGAGACAGGAGGCUCCGAGGGCGGCUACGUUUGCACCAAAAUGCCGAAUAAAACGAAAAAAGACAAGGAGUCGCUAAAGGAGAAGACUAAAGGGAGUAAAGGCGGAGGGCAGGAGAAUUCAGAGCAUGAGGGAUCCAACAGGAAGAACAGUAACAGUGUCCCUCCCACGACUCAGCUGCUGAAGGGGAAACAGCCUGGGCCCCAAACCCCCCUAAAGAAGGACAAAAGACAAAGCUCCUCACGCUUCAGUCUGAGCAACAACCGAGAGCUGCAGAAGCUGCCUGCGUUUAAAGAUGUCCCGCCGGCGGAGCAGGAGAAGCUGUUCAUCCAGAAGCUGCGUCAGUGCUGCGUCCUGUUCGACUUCGUGUCUGACCCUCUGAGCGAUCUGAAAUGGAAGGAGGUGAAGCGGGCGGCGCUCAGCGAGAUGGUGGAGUACAUCACCCACAACCGGAACGUCAUCACGGAACCCAUCUACCCGGAGGUGGUGCACAUGUUUGCGGUGAACAUGUUCAGAGCGUUGCCUCCGUCGUCGAACCCGACAGGAGCAGAGUUUGACCCCGAGGAGGACGAGCCGACGCUGGAGGCUGCGUGGCCCCAUCUACAGCUCGUUUAUGAAUUCUUUCUACGCUUCUUGGAGUCUCCAGAUUUUCAACCAAACAUAGCCAAAAAGUACAUCGACCAGAAGUUUGUAAUGCAGCUUUUAGAAUUGUUCGACAGUGAAGAUCCUCGGGAAAGGGACUUUUUAAAGACGACUCUGCAUCGAAUCUACGGGAAGUUCCUGGGUCUGAGGGCGUACAUCAGGAAACAGAUCAAUAACAUAUUCUAUAGGUUUAUUUAUGAAACAGAGCAUCAUAAUGGGAUAGCAGAAUUACUGGAAAUUUUAGGAAGUAUUAUAAAUGGGUUCGCGUUGCCGUUAAAAGAAGAACACAAAAUCUUCCUCCUUAAAGUCCUUCUGCCGUUACACAAAGUCAAGUCUCUCAGUGUGUAUCACCCACAGCUGGCGUACUGUGUGGUACAGUUCCUGGAGAAGGACAGCACGCUCACUGAACCGGUGGUGAUGGCGUUGCUGAAGUACUGGCCGAAGACGCACAGCCCUAAAGAGGUGAUGUUUCUGAAUGAGCUGGAGGAGAUUCUGGACGUGAUCGAACCCUCGGAGUUUGUGAAAGUGCAGGAGCCUCUGUUCAGGCAGCUCGCCAAGUGCGUCUCCAGCCCACACUUCCAGGUGGCGGAGCGAGCCCUUUACUACUGGAACAACGAGUACAUCAUGAGUCUGAUCAGUGACAACGCAGCCAAGAUCUUACCCAUCAUGUUCCCCGCGCUCUACCGCAACUCCAAAACACACUGGAACAAGACGAUCCACGGCCUCAUCUACAACGCGCUCAAACUGUUUAUGGAGAUGAACCAGAAGCUUUUCGACGACUGCACACAACAGUUUAAAGCCGAGAAAAGCAAAGAAAAAGCCAAAUGGAAAGAAAGAGAAGAGGCCUGGCUCAAGAUUGAGAAUUUAGCGAAGUCAAAUCCACAGUUCUUGACGUACAUCGACUCGGGGUCAGGGAGUCCGAUGGAGAUGGACAUGGACGGGCCGGUUUUAGACGACGUCAAUCUGUUAAAGAAAACGGUAGAGGAAGAAGCCACACAGCUUUCUAAAGAUCACCGAAAGGAGCGGCCGUUGAUGAGGAGGAAAUCCGAACUUCCCAAAGACAUCUCCACAGUUACGGCGAUAGAACUGCACCGGCGAGCGGAGGAGAUGAUAACACACGAUGGACACUAGACCCCAACACCUACAAAAGAUCUGUAACAAAACCAGAAGACCACGAAAACGAACCACAAACAAACCAGCAGCAGAUACCGACCGGAGACCUUAGCACAAACACUGUCCCAUACAGACACAUAGAACUCUAGAGUGGACAUUCCCCAGGUCAUCUACAGCGUGUCAGCCAUGUUGUGACUGCCAUGACGUCGGCCAUUUUGUGACUGUAGGCUGUACCCAAGCACACGUGUAAACCGAUACUAGAGCUGCACUUAGCUAUGAAAUAUUCUUUUAAUAAACCUUGUUCUUUUGUCUUUUA